UGUAACGCAAAUAGCGCGAUUGCGUUUUCUCGGUCGGUCUCAGUCGGCGUUGGCUCGCCAGUCUUGCACCCUAGAGUAUUGUUGAAAGUCUGAACCUCUUGGAGCUCCAGUCACCACAUCCGAGCCAUGGGCCUGCACUUUGGGAACCUGAUCAAGCUGAGGGGAGUCGUGACGUACAGACUGUCGCCCUAUGAGCAGCGAGCCUUCGCCGGCCUGCUGAAGCAUGGCUUUCCCAACGUCAUCCGACGGACGAAGGACCAGAUAUUCUACGUGGCCCCACCCUUCAUCAUGGGCUACCUCGUCUACGACUACAGCAAGAGGGAGUACGAACGAAGCAUAAGGAAGAACCCUGCGGACUAUGCCAACGACAAGUAGAAGCAGCCCAACGGCAGACAUUGGAGUUUAUUUAGAACCGACUGGGCACUAAUACACCGUCGUUCAAACUUAAA